AUGGCGACUCGGACAGUGGUUAAAGAUAGCGAAAUCGCGUUCAAUACGACGGUUUCGAUAAUUGGCGCCGCCGGCACAGUAUCAUCUUUUGCUUCUAAAGCCUCUGGAACCCUUGCACCAUUUCUGCCGUUGAUCAGUAGUAUCUUUGCGCUUUCCAAGGAAAUUAUAGACCUGUAUGAAAAUGCUCACCAUAAUAGGCGCACCUGUGGUUUUCUGCUACAACGAGCUGCAUUGGCAAAGACCGCCGUAGAAAUUUUUGUGGCAAGAGCAAAUGAAUUCAAGUCGCAAUGCAAGUCAAAAGAGUUUUUAGACAAUUUUGAAGGAUUGGUGGCAGUUGUUGAAAAAAUCAGGGAUUUUGUUAAGGAAUUUUCGCGAUUUUCACUGUUUAAGAAAAUGCUGCAUGCAAGUGACAUUAAAGAUAGAUUCAAGGAACUCACGGAAGAGUUUGAUGGCCGUAUAAGUAUACUAAAUUUUUCAAUAAGCGUCCAAAGCCAUUGCGAGAUGGAUGCCAUCCAAAAUGAUAUAAAGGACCUGAAGACCUAUCUAGAAAAUAUCCAUGGAGAUCGGCUUGCCGUAGGCAAGGAGGCGUUUAACGAAAUCAAUAUGACAUAUAAAAAGUACCGUGAACAGACAUUACGGUUGGACGAUGUGGAGGGAAAGGUUAUGAUUUCCGCUAAACAAAUCCAACAGUUAAAUGGAGAUGGAAGGGGCGAGUAUUGCAAAGCGUAUCGUACCUCCAAUGGAACGAAAGAGGUUGUCGCACUGAAACGUUGGCUAACAGCGCCAAAAGAUGAUGAGAAAUUCAAAAGAGACUUGAUGAUCCGAACAUUUAUAUACCAGCAGAUGAAAUUUGCUAAAAACAUUUGGCCGGAAUAUGGAACGUUGGUCGAAGCAUACACGAACAAUCCGGAUGCGUUUACGUGGAAAGUAAAAGCAGAAAUUGCCGUGGACGUUAUUAGAGGGUUGACUUUCUUGCACUCGAUAUCGAUCUUCCAUCAUCAAAUCUCAUCGACUAAUGUAAUAAUUACAAGGGGGUAUACGGCCAAAAUCACGAAUUUUGAGUACAGUCGAGAUCAAGACGAUGUAAGCGUCCCCAUAAACGACACAUUACAAUAUUUACGCUAUUUGGCCCCUGAGAAGAUACCUACAACAACAGAAAUCCAGCCACAAUACGAUGAGAAAUGUGAGAUAUACAGCCUCGGAAUACUUCUUUGGGAAAUUGGAGAAUGUAAAUUACCGUUCUCCGAAUAUAAUGACCCUCUGGAAUUAGGUGGGUUACUGCAAAAAGGAAACAUCUCACUUACAUUUAGACAGGAUACUCCUUCUAAAUGGGAAAAAGCUACUCUUGAAGCUGCCCACUAUAUUCCAACCAUGCGCCCUAUGUUGAGUCAACUGUUCACGACCUUCUUUGACAUGUGUGAGAACAUGAAAUUCGCAGACCCUCCCGCUUCUAUGCUCGUAUCAAACGAAGUAGACGUAGCCAUGAUAAAUGAAAUGAACGCAGCAACAUCCAUUUGGACGGUAGAACAAGCUAUCGCGGAACAUAAACUACGGGAUAGAGGCGAUCGUCGAAAAGCAUUUCAAGUAUUCAAGACACACGCCGAAGCCGGUGAUGCUCUUGCCAAAUAUUAUUACGGAUAUUAUUUGUAUCAUUAUAGAUAUGAUAGAGAGUCUGGAACGAGCGAGACACCCGAAGAGGAGAAGGAAAGAUUUAAAAAGGCUGCAAUGGCGUUUAAUGAAGCAAGUGAUGAAAUUCCUGAAGCACAAGGCAGAUACGGAGCUUGUUUGUUAGAUGGGGUCGGCGUGGAACAAAAUCAUAACGAAGCUAUCGAAUAUCUUCAAAAGGCUGCUAAAAGAAAUAGCUCAACCGGUCUUUUUCUGCUGGGAAAAUUACAUUAUUUAGGAGCGAGAGGCGUUGCGAAGGAUGUGAAUAUGGGAACGCUUUAUCUCAGAAAGGCCGUUAAAGUCGAAGAUGUAUAUGUGCAAGAAGUAUACGCGCUCAAAGUGUAA